AACAUGAAAGAAAAGAUGCAUACAUGCAUUCAAGACAUUCUUCAGUUAAGAGGAAUGAUGACAUAAAGAAGCAAGUUGACUGGCACCAUGAGCAACUGAAGGAACUCCUCAAAAAUGACAUAAAGGAAAUACUGAAGGAGCAAUUGGCUACAGAGCUUGCAAGGAUGAGGAAAGUCCUUAGAAAGGAUGCGAAGAAAAUUAGUGAACUAAUCAGGAAUGAAUUAACGCAAAUAUGCACUGAACAGGUGGCUCUUUUUCAAGCACAGGUGAAGGAGACACAGCAGGAGCAGGUGAAUUUGCUGAAGGACCUCUUAAGAAGGGACUUAAAGGAGGUGGUUCAUGAACAGGUUAAAAAGCCUAGAAUUAUUAUUUGUCCUAAAGAGGAGCUACUACCUGGUACCUCUAAAGGAACUGCAGACUUACAGAGAACAUCUCUACAACAAAAAGUAAAGAAAAACUACGAAAGUGACCAUGACAGUUCCCCUUCCUAUUCAGAAGAGCCCUUGAUGCAAACUGAUGAGGGCAGGCGAGGUGAAUCCCAUUGUGUGCCUCUAAAAGAAUUCAUCAAAGAAGAAUUAAAAGAAGCAUUUUGUGAAAUAUUUGAAAGAAAUAAAUAUGAUACCUGUUUGAAGAAAGAACUACCUCAUAUCUCUAAAGAAAGAAAACAGCUAAGGAAAAUACCUAAGGAACGGACACUAAAGAAUAAAUAUGACAGCAAAUCCCUACAGCCUGGGAAGCAGGCUGCUGCCAAGACAGCAAAGGAAGUAGAGCGUGUGCACAGUGAAUCGCAGUAUGUACAUCUUAGAGAAGACAUUAAAAAAGAUUUCAAAGUGAAAAUUUGUGAAGUGCUUGAACAACAGGAAAGUAAUGUUUGUCCUAAGGAAGAAGGACUACAUCAUAUUUUUAAAGGAAAAACAAGAAUAAUGAAAGUAUCUCAAGAACAAGACAUGGAGAAGGAAUACAAUGUUGAAUAUGCAUCUUUCUGGUCACAGCCUUCUAUGAGAACAAAUGAAGCAACAGUAGGUGAACAGAAUGCACAGCAGUACAAACAUAUGAAGGAAUACUUCCGAAAAGAUUUAAAGGAGAUGGAUCAUGAACAAUUUAAGAAUGCUGAAGUUAUUCUUUAUUCUAAGGAAGAGUUGCCACCUGAUGACUCUAGAAGAGUAAAGCACAUAGAGGUUGAAGAAAAGAAGACAGGGUAUUUGUAUGCACCCAAUUUUAGCUCUUUUGAGCAUAGAAUUGCUGCCUUGAGGGCUACUGCACACAUUGAGCCAGCUCCUGCUGCCUGCACUGGUGGUGCAGGUGACAUGGGUGCCAUGGACAAAGCUCAGAAGACUGAACUGGCUCUCCCAUUUGCUUUAGCUCUUCAAACUGAGCAUCCAAGGGACCAACAACAUUUUAACCCUGAGCCUGCUCCUGAGCACUGCUCUCAUGAGACCAUUGACCCUGAUCACAAUGCUGACUUUGCUCUUGACUCUUGUCUUCUUGCUCAAGGCAAGGAUGUCAGGCUCAGUAUUGAUCCUGAAUCUGCUCCUCUUUGUGGCCCCUGUGACAUGGAGGACCCUUCAACUGACCACUCCAGCCAAGGCAUAAACACCAACACCAGGCCUGCUCCUGUUCGUGGCAGAGGUGAUACCACUGAUCAUGAUAAUGGCACAGAUCUGGCUUCUACCCUUCCUGUUGUUGUUAAGGAGAUGGUUGAUACACCAACUUCUACAAGGGUGGUCUGAGGAAUCUAACCAAGAAGAUUUUUACCAGUAAGAAAACUGAUGAUCAGGUUAAGUUACCAGACAAAUAAUGGUUUAAAAUCGAAGAUGAUUUCUGUACUAGAAAACUAAAUUUUCUUUUGGUGCUAAUACUUAUGGUUAAUAAAUUCCAUGCUACAUA